GAUAUGGUGAAUGCAGGGUCCGGGGAGACCAAUAUAUAGUGAAUGCGGAGUCCGGGUGAGACCGGAUAUAGUGAAUGCGGGGUCUGGGGAGAGCGCGAUAUAGUGAAUGCAGGGUCUGGGGAGAGCGGAUACAGUGAAUGCGGGGUCCCGGGACCAGAUAUAGUGAAUGCAGGGUCCCGGGAGACCGGAUAUAGUGAAUGCGGGGUCUGGGGAGAGCGGAUAUAGUGAAUGCAGGGUCUGGGGAGAGCGGAUACAGUGAAUGCGGGGUCCGGGGUGA